AUUCUUAUAUUCGUGUACAAAUUACCAAAUGUCAAUAACUUAAUCGGUUGUAUAUUUUAUUGUUAAUGUCAAAUAAUCUACUGUCAUGCGACAGCUGCAGAAACUAAACACGUAAUUGAUUAUACCAUUGAGUUUUAUCAAUGAAAAAAAAUCCCAAUUGACCAGACUCCUAUUCCCAAAAUGGCUAGAAACACCACUGAGGUCAUCAGACUUGUGUCAAAAGUAUAGCUGUACAGUAACCAUGCCAUGGAUUAAAAUUGAAGAACAGAACCCAGCUUACAAUUCUAGUCACCAAUGUCAUUCUUGAACUGCAGUCGAUCACGUGAAAAGGUUUGUAGUCCCUCCGGCUCCCCACCGUAUGACCAAGAGAAGUACUUCCAUAAACAGAGUGAUGUCCUUGCAGUAGGUAGCAGUCACUCAUCAGGUUGUGACUUUCCCAAGAUAAUGCUGGAAUACGGCAAUGAACCUCUACAGUAUGACAUCUUCACGACUAUAGGUAAGGGUUACAAUGAUGCAGCGACAAUAUCGGUAGCUAGACAUGUGGCGUCUGGGCACAAUGUGGCAAUACGACAGAUUGAUCUAGAUCACCCAAACAUAGACAUGGCAGCAUUACAGCAAGAGAUAACCUACUGCAGAUUGCUCAACCACGAGUCCAUCCUACCUUACUACACCUCUUUUGUCCACAAUAAUGAAGUCUGGACUGUUAUGCCCCUCAUGGCCUAUGGCUCUUGCAGAGACUUGAUGCAUGCCUACUUCACUUCGGGCCUUCCUGAACAAGCAAUAGCCUACAUUCUACGAGACGUUAUCUCAGCAUUAGAGUACAUACAUUCCAGAGGAGUUAUACACAGGAGUGUGCGGGCAAGCCAUGUGUUAAUAUCGGCGUCUGGGCGGGUCUGUUUGACGGGUCUCCGGAGUGCAUGUCACCUCUUUGAACAUGGGAAAUGGAAGAGGUCAAUGUUCGUGUACCCAGAAAACCCGCAGAAGCUGCUGUGUUGGCUAAGUCCUGAAAUCCUUGAACAAAAUUUGCUGGGGUAUGACACUCGGUCGGACAUGUACAGUGUGGGCAUCCUGGCAUGUGAACUGGCCAAUGGCUAUGCUCCAUUCACAGAUAUGUCACCCACACAGAUGUUACUAGAAAAAAUUAGCGGAACUAAGCCAGUCCUUGCUGACUCUACCACGAUAGGGCGACUGACAUCGGAUGAAAAUGUUGCCAAUUCAGAUGGCCCAGAAGACUCUGGUGUUGACAUUGCAUCUGGUUCUGACCAGAAGAAAAGCAGCCUUGCGUAUGCAUACUCACGCACAUUCUCAGCACAGUUCCAUGAACUGGUAGAACUCUGUCUUGAGAAGGACCCCAACAGAAGACCUACAGCUACAAUGGCCUUGAGCCACCCUUUCUUCAAGAACCUACGCAAGAAGUCUGCAUCCAUGCUGCCCUCCCUUCUACAGCCUGUAACACCACUCUUGGACGCAUCCAAACUCCCAAAAGAAGACUCAGCUGUUGAUGAUAUGGCAGAAGGAAUGGAGGACCUACAUUUUGAUGAGGACUGGGAAUUUUGAUAUGAUCAGCGAACGCUUCAACAUUAAGACGCGGGAUUCCUGUGGUGUGUUAUAGGGUUAUUAAUGAACUACAUUAUGUUGUUUUUUUAACAUUAAACACACUAUUAUGUGAUGUUGGAAUAAGACAUCAAUCACUGUGUUUUUCAAUAUUCAGUUUUACCUAUUGUAUUUAUUAAUUUUGACGAAUUAUAAGUACAAUAAUUGCAUCAUAUAUAUUGAUUUUACUGGUACUUUAAAAGAAUUUUGUAUCUUGCAAAAAUGAAAAUGUGUCCAAAUAAACACAAUUAUAAAAUACAGUUACAAUCAUAAAAAUAUGUUUAUGAAACAUCAUUGAAAGGAGUCUUUAUACUAAAAGUAUUAACAGAAUAUUACAAAUAAAAAAUACAUUCAGAACAUGAAAUUAACACAUUUUGUUUUUUGAAAAAAAAAUCUACAAAAUGAUGUCAGUUCCAAGUUUCAUGUUUUAUUCUUAAUUCACAUACAACAGUGCUGUCAGUAUCAUGAUAAUGAUGGCCCAUGAAUUAUAAUUUGGAAUUUACUAAAGAUUCAAAGUUUUGCUCAGUUGUGAUAAUUUAAUGGUAAUCAUAUUUGUUAUCACAUCAUUUUAAUUUGACUGGCAUGAGGAAAUAGAAGUGAUCUAAGAUGACCUAUGUGCACUGGUUGUGGACUGUCAGAGGAAUUCAGUUAACUCAUAGCGAGUUCGUGUUUGUUGCGAAAUGAAAGAUUCCUUUUGGAAAAAAAAUUGAGCAUUGCUUUCUUAGAAUGGGAUUAAAUGCAUGUGCAUAGUGUUGUCCAAGCUAAUCAGGAAUGACACUUUUCGCCUGAAAUGUUUUUUUGGUUAAAAAUAGACUUCCUUUAAAAAAAAAAAAAAAAGCAAAAGUGUCAUCCCUGCUUAGCCUGUGAGGACGUCACAAGCUGAUGUGUGACGACACCUUACACACAUGACUGAAGACUGGUGUUCCCAGAGAGAGCGGACGUCACAAGCUAAUGUGGGACUUCACCUUACACACAUGCAUGAAGACUGGUGUUCCCAGAGAGAGCGGACGUCACAAGCUAAUGUGGGACGUCACCUUACACACAUGCAUGAAGACUGGUGUUCCCAGAGCUACGCUCUAUUUUACGUUGCUGUAUACCCUAAUAAACAUUCAGUUUGACUUGUAUUUAUUUAUCAAAUAUUUAAUAUUAUAUAGUAUCAUUACAAGAAUCUCCUUUCAUAUGCAUUUUGAAAGGUUAGAAAAAUUGUCAAAUUUAACAGAUACUUUAUUACAUCUUUGAGGUGUUUAGUAGAGCAAUUAUUAGUCAAAUUCAUGGCAGCUGAUUGUGUUUUAGAUUAUAGCUCAUCUCUCACCUAUUAUUUUGAUCACCACAAACGAAGAUUUGUAGAUCAGUGUAUUAUAUUGUGAAGAAAAUUUCUUUAAGUCUUGUUCUAUUGUUUGGUAAUGAUAGUGUUGUUAGCUUGUUAUUUUUUGGAGACAUAACAUUGAUUACAAUUUAUAAGAAUAUACAAUGUUUACGAGUGUCAAACUGUAAGAAUGUGUUAUUGGCAUUUAAAAAAUAACAGCGCAUAUAAUUAGGUGUUAAAUGCUUAAUUUUCAGUUGUUACAUUGUAUUUCUUUUGGUUGUGUUAUUCUACUUUAAACCUGUUCUGAGUAUGGAACUAACUGUUUUAUUUGAAACUGUUCUACAUGUUAGUUAACCAGGGUAUUAGAGGCUUAAUUGUUCAAGAAACAGAGACUUAACAAGGUAAGAAACAAUCGUAAAAAAAUCUUCAUUUUAAAAGUACAGAAACAUUUGACUUACCUAUUUAUCUAAAGACGAUAUAUGAUUGACUGGUUAUAUAGUCAUUUAAAAAAGUUAGAAAUAAUUUAAUAAGUUAAUUCGAUUAAUUGGCUGAUGGACCUUUGAUGUAAAAAAAAACAAACUGCAUUUGAAUUAAUUGUUCUCAAAUUUCUACGAGCUGCCCAUGUAAAUCUUUUCUGUCAAUUACUCUUUUACUUAAAAACAUUUAUUUUUUUCAAUAUCAUUUUUUAAAACAUAUGUAGCAAAUGAUGUUGAAGACUCUAAAAAGAGUAUUUGUUAUUUCGCCAAUUGAUUUGUGCUAUACAAGUGUUUUAUUGUGUUUAUGUUUAUAUCUUUUUAUUCGAUUCCCAUUUACAAAGAUAUCAAUGGGACGUAUACAUAUAUAAUAUAUGCAUUGUACAAUAAUAAAAUCUUUUUAUUUAA